GGGCAAUAUUGCGCCGGCCUCACGUUGCACCAAUGUGUCAAGCGCUCCGGAGUGGGUGACGUUUAGCUUCGUGACUAGGGCAUAAGUGGGAAAAAAACGGCUUAUACGGUUAAUUUUGAUUUUCGGACAUUGAAGCCGGGAUAUACGUGGAGUGAAUAAGUGUGGACCCUCAUAUCCACUCUGAACUUUGAAUGAACACAGCUCAAUUGUCACUACAUGGAACCUAUUCCUCACCUUGAACAUACAAACACCCUGACUGUCCACUUUUGUUGGGCAAAUUUCUAUUGAUGUGCGACCAAAGUGUGGAGAUGCCUGGAGGUGACAGUGGUCCAGAUGGGGAGGAGCCUGCAUUACCAUCACCCCCAGAAAAAGGUGGAGGGGAGGAGAGUGUGGUGUCAGGGCACGGCGAUGGAGGGCCACAGUCCGUGCACCUUGGGGGGGAGGAGAGCGGUGGUUCAGUUGGGGAGGUAGGGAGGGAAGAUGAAGAGAUGACCAGCAGUUCACAUGACCUCUCUUCCUCGGCCAAUCACAGCCCUGGUAGUGCCACUGGCUCCACCUCGCCUUCAACUAAAAGCAGUGAGCAUACAGGUGGCGGCAGAGGACACGCCCACAGAGAGGUGAUGAACGCGGUGGCGGAGAUGAAGAAGAGGCUUCCAUCAGACAAGCGCAGUCGCAGCAAAGUGAGCACCGUGGAGGCCUUAAAUUAUGCACUCCACUGUGUCAAACAAGUCCAAGCCAAUAGCGAAUACUACAAGCUGCUGAUGCAAAAUGGCCAGGAUGAGAGGCGAGAUGCCACUGUGUGCACCCUAGAGGAACUGGAGCGGGUCACCUCUGAACACACCCUUAAAAACACGGACUCCUUCCUGGUGGUCUUCUCCCUGGCGAGCGGCCGCGUGCUGUACGCGUCCGAGCAGGCUCCCAGCAUCCUGUGCUGCAAGCGGAAGUUCCUGGAGUCAGCCAAGUUCGUGGAACUGCUCUUUCACCAAGACGUUAAUGUCUUCUACUCGCACACAGCACAGCCACACCUCCCACCUUGGAGCAAUUCACAUACAGUUGGGGUUCUGUUUGACUCUGCCCAGGUCAAGUCCUUCUUCUGCAGAAUCAGGGGCGGGAAGGACCGUGAUGGUGAGCUGCGGUACAACCCGUUCAGGAUCACACCUUACCUGCUGAAGGUGCAGGGAACAGGAAGUAAUGGGGAGGAGGAGGAGCCGUGCUGCCUGGCACUAUCUGAACGCAUUAUAUCUGGAUAUGAAGCUCCUCGGAUCCCUAUGGACAAGCGCAUCUUCACCACCACACACUCCCCUGGCUGUGUGUUUUUAGAAGUAGAUGACAGGGCUGUGCCAUUGCUAGGAUACCUUCCUCAGGAUCUGAUUGGCACUUCAUUGUUGACUUGCAUUCACCCAGAGGACCGGCCCCUCCUGCUUUCUAUUCACAGAAAGAUUCUGAAGUAUGCAGGCCAGCCCCCAUUCGAGCACUCUCCGGUGCGCCUGCGCUGUCAGAAUGGUGACUACAUCACCUUGGACACCAGCUGGUCGAGCUUCAUCAACCCAUGGAGCCGCAAGGUGGCUUUUAUCAUUGGACGGCAUAAAGUCAGGACGAGUCCUCUGAAUGAGGAUGUGUUUGCUGCUCAGACUAAGGAAGUCAUUCCAGUCACUCACGAGGAAAUUAAAGAUCUGCAAGCAAAAAUCUAUAAGCUUUUCUUGCAGCCAGUCCACAACAAUGGUUCCAGUGGUUAUGGUAGUUUGGGAAGUAAUGGGUCCCAUGAGCAUUACAUCAGCGUAGCUUCUUCAAGUGACAGCAAUGGCAACCUGUGGGAAGACACACACCGUGAACCGAUGACCUUGCAGCAGAUAUGUGCUGAUGUAAACAGAGUGAAGACUUGGGGCCAGCAGGCAUAUCUGGAUUCCAGCCACAAAAUUUCUUUCCUCAACAAACCUGUCACAGCACAUCCAGCUCCUGCAGCCACCAACCCUGAUAUGAGAGAUCGUGAAGAGAGUAGAAAGCAAACACACAUUCCCUCCUAUCAACAGAUCAACUGUGUUGACAACAUCAUCAGAUAUCUGGAGAGUUGUACAGGUUCAGCUCUUAAGCGGAAGAGCGGCUCUCAUUCCCUGGCUACUUCUUCCUCAUCAUCGACCACAGACGAAGACAAGCCUGCUGGCACUACAGACACAGCUCAAGCCAGCUCAGAUGUGGUGGUUCUGGACAGUGAGGUUUCGGUGGGCCCUACCGCUGCAGCUGUUGUAGGACCGCCUCUGACAGACAUUGCAAUGUCCACUAAGGCAAUGAGUGUGGUGUCAGUCACCAGUCAGUGUUCAUACAGCAGCACCAUUGUGCAUGUUCCACAGCCUGAGUCAGAGGCCACAGCUUUGGAGGAUGCACCGAUGGGCAGUGAGCCUGCUGAUGCGACUCCGACCCAAGUCCGGCCCGCACCGAGUCCUGCCACGGAGGAGCGAAGGUUUGUAGGCCUCACCAAGGAAGUGCUGUCAGCUCACACCCAGAAGGAAGAGCAAGAGUAUGUGGAUCGCUUCCGCCAUCGAAUCCUCCAGAGCCCCUACAGCUCUUAUCUGCAGUUGGACAACAGCUCCAUGGCUCACUCCCACCACCCAGGUGACUACCUCCGCCCUUUGAGUGCCGGUGGGUGGAAUCGCUCUCGGAGAGGAAAGCCCAGGCACAAACGUCCCAAACCCCAGGGAUCCUCCGAUAGCUACGCCUCCCCACCUGGCCCACCUUGCCGUGUCCCUGAAUCCUCAUGGCCCUCUUCAGAGUCCUCCCAACCGCAGAUGGGGGUGCCCCGCAGUCAAACAUCCCCUCUCCAGGCAACAUUAUUUCCCAUGACGGCGACCAAGGCUGGUUCAGAGCAGCCACCCAGGCAACAGGAAACACCUGAAACGACUCCUGUAGUCCUGCAGCCACCAGACCAAACCCAACUCGGCUACAACUUCAACAUCAUGCAGCCUGUUCAGAGCAUUUCAGGCAUGCAGCCAAUGCAGAUGGAGCCCCUUCAGGAUCUGCAAAAUGUCCAGAGCUUUCCUAACAUGCAGCCCAUGGCUCCAGUUCACAGCAUUAACCCUUAUAUGACUCCAGUCAUGGCUGUCAUCUUGCCCAACUACCCAACAUUCACUACAGGUUAUCCAUCUAUUUACCCGCCUGCUGCAGCACCUAUGCUGCCGCAGGCACCCUUCACCAUGGCAGGCUUUGCCUCUGGUGCUACCCCCUUCCAACAACCGCAGUUCCAAGUCCACCCUAGCUUCCCAACUCACACCGCCCCAAGCCCCCUGCUUUGCUCACCUAGAGCCAGCUCCUCUGUUGGAGAGGAGGAGGAGGCAGCUGGACCCCCAGCUUUGUUCUCCAGCUCCCGCUCCAGUUCUCCACUGCAGCUGAACUUGCUGCAGGAGGAGCUGCCUAAGCCAAGUGAAGUGCAGAGCAACACUGGUCACAACCAUCCUGAAAGCCUCAAUGAACAACGCGCAAAUGAGGGGGACGCACCCAGUGAGUCAGGAAACCAUGAUGCCCAGUCUACAUCUAGCGAACUGCUUGACAUGCUUCUGCAGGAGGAUGCCAGGUCUGGGACUGGCUCCAACGCCUCCGGGUCUGGGUCUGGGGAGUCUGGAGGCUCCCUUGGAUCUGGAUCUGGAUCAAACGGGACCUCCACCUCUCACACUGGCAGCAGCAACAGCAGCAAAUACUUUGCCAGCAAUGAUUCCUCAGACACCUCACGCAAAGCUCGCAAGAGCCAGGAGACUCCGGCAGAACACCAACACACCUUUGACACUCGGGUGGAAAAUUCGCUGUGGAGCAUGAUUCAGCACACCCCUGAGCGUGUGAUGAUGACCUACCAGAUCUCCACCAGGGACCAGAAUGAAGUUUUGGCAGAAGACAGAGAGAAGCUUCAGGCACUUCAGCCACUUCAGCCAUGGUUCACCAAGGAGCAGAGAGAGGAGCUGGCAGAGGUUCAUCCCUGGAUCCAGCAGCGCACUAUCCCACAGGAAAUAGACACUCAGGGUUGUGUGAGCUGCAGCACAGGAGCAAGAAUAGCCCACUCCCCUCAUCCUCCUGCCCCAGAUAGCUCAUCCCAUCUGGAGAGCCCUCAGCUGGAUUCCGCUGGACCUGAGUUGGACACCUGAGAGCCAUAGGACCCAACCAUCACACCCAUCAAACCAGCCCUGACAGAAACACACCCAGAAAGUCCAAUCUCGUAUCUCGUCUGACCAAUCUGCAGGCGUGACUCUCUGUGAUUAAGAUUGUUAAGUAAUGUAAAGGUUUCGCUCUGCUGAGUCGGCCCCGUAGAACGGGGAGGUGGGAGACACGAGUAUUUGACUGGCCUUUAUUGGACCAUGGGAUAUUAUAUAUUCAAGACUGACCAGAUCCUCUGGCACCAUGAGCCACAUGCUGUGCACCAUAGACAGAGGGUCUCUUGGUUGCUGCCCCUGAACAUGAGCACUGUGCACACGCACUCUAAGCAGGCGGGUGUGAUCGAUGGACAGGAGAACAGCGCUGGCCCAGUUUGAACCAGAACACACACCACUCUUCUACAGCGUGGGUUGUACAGUAUGUUCAUUGUUAUUGGAUUGUAUUCUCUUAUUCCAUACUGUUUUUUUUUGUACAGAGCAUCAGGUUUAAUGUUGUUCUGACUCGUGAACAACAUCAAACAUGUUGAUCGUAACUUGAAUUUAGUGCAACAACACAAGUCUAAACUUCCUGUAGUGAGUUCUCUUUCCACCCAGUAUCCUAAGUGAUCUGACGACAGUCGUAGCUUACCUCUAAUUGUAAACGGACACAGCAUUGGCCCAAAUCUCCCCUGAACGCGGGUUUGCUUACUGAAUGAUUUUCCUCUCUGACUGUGUAGAUGUGUGACUGGCAGGUUUUGUGUGAGAGACAAGGGUCAGGCUAACUAACCCAGCGUAUUUCUGUGAAUGUGGCCAUUCUUUUUCUUGUACUGGAUUUUACAAAUGGGACAUGGGCUAAUGGCAUUUCAUUUGCUUCUGGUGUAAAGAUCUAACACCUAUGUGGUAAUGGCGGCGGUACGACUAUCGAAGGUUUGAGAAAAUUAAAAACUCCAAAGAAAGCUUUUAAAGUUUCUACUGUAGUCCUCAGUGUGAACUGUUCUAGAUGUUUAUACAGUUGUGGAUUUGACACAUUUUACUGUAAAAUGUUAAUUUGUUUCACUGUCUAGUUAAUUCUGAAUGAAAUGGCACAUCUGUGCAUUUAAAGGUUGCCUAUACAUAUAUUUAUGUCAUCUGGCCAACACUAAUAGUUUUUCCUGUGUCUGAUUGUUUUUAUUUUAGUCUAAUUUAUAGAAUGUUUUCCAGACUGUACACGUUCGUGGGGAAAAUAAAUUUUUGAUAUUAUCUUGAGCCCACCAGAAAACACUUUUGGCCCAUGUCCCUUCAGUGGAUGCAGGAUACAGAUUGCAGGUCAGCUUGUUGUCUAUGUGUGUGUGAGUUACACUGUCCCAUCGAUUGUGAGCUGCUUCCUUAGACACAGCCCAACAGCGCAACACAGACCAGGGUUUUCUACUGUUUUUAGAUGGAAAAUAUAUUCAAGUACUAUGUAUUUUUUAAAAAUGUACAAAAUACAAUCUUCACAAAGUGUAAAAAGCCAUUUGUCUUGAAUUCAGGGACUGUUUAUUUGUGACACAAAAGAAUGAAUAAAUGAAUUAUGAUCUAAA